AUACAGUCGAACGAAACAAACCGAGAGUGAGAGAGGGGGGGAAAGCGCGGGAAAAAAAAGAAAUCAAGAAACCCUACACUCCCAAAUCUCAGCAUCAUCAACAUCCGCCAUGGCAACGGAAUCCGAUCCCACGGUGAUCUCUCGCGAGGACCGCGUGUACCGAGCUAAGCUCGCCGAGUUCGCGGAGCGAUACGAUGACGUGGUAUCCAUCAUGGAGGAGAUGAUCGUCUUCUUCACCGGCGACGAGAUCAAUGUCGAUCUCACCGCCGAGGAGCGCAAGCUCAUCUCCUUCGCCUACAAGAAGCUGGUGACCACUCGCCGCUCAUCGUUGAUCUUCCUCUCGAAGAAAGAGGAGGAGGAGGAGAACGAAGAGAAGCUCAAGCUCAUCAAAGCGUACAAGGGAGAGAUCAAGGCGGAGCUUGAAGGAAUCUGCAACAGGAUUCUUGAGCUUCUUGAUGAAUAUUUGAUACCGAUGGUGACGACCAGCGAGUCGAGGGUGUUCUUUUAUAAGAUGAUGGGGGAUUAUAAUCGGUAUCUUGCGGAGAUCAAGGCUGGAGAUGAAAGAAAAGAGGCUGCGAUGAAGACAUUGGAGGCUUAUGAAGAGGCUCAGAAAACUGCAUCCUGCCAUCUCGGACCGUCAGAUCCAAUAAGGCUGGGACUUGCACUCAAUUGCUCUGUUUUCCACUAUGAAAUCUUGAAUCAAAAAGAGAAGGGUAUUCGCAUUGCUCAACAGGCAUUUCAGGAGGCUGCUGUUGACCUGAAUAAGCUUGCUCGUGGUGACCCCACCUAUACGGAGAGGUUAGAUAUAAUAAAAUUGCUGCGACGGAAUUUUACUAAAUGGAUUUCUGAUGGCAAGAAACUAGAUGGACAGAGCACAAGUGGGAAUCAACCAGUUCCUGUGGAGUAAACCUCUGGAGGUGAUCAUCAUUCUGUUAAUAAUGGCUGCUGAUGUGGAUGGCCUUCAAUGACCGUACAUUUUAUACCAAAUAGUUGCUUCCUGAAAUAUUCUUCGGUUCCUGACAUACACAACAAAGAACUUUGGAUUAAUUUGGGCACAUAUCUUCAUGAUCUCUUCUGUUUUUUGGUUCCGUCAAAACCUUCAAUUCCAGCACAGCAAAUUCUGGGGUUGCUCAUUGAAAAUUCAUUGACAUAGUACAUGACUUUGGAAAAUAUGAUUGUAAUUUCUUUACUAUGCUUGAUAAUUCUUUUGCAAUUGUGAAUAUACAGCUAUGUCCCGAUUAUUCAUUGAAGUAUUAUCAUAAGAUGCAGAAGAUUAUUGCUCUGUUC